AUGAAGAAUCGGCCGAGUCGGAGAUUAGCAAGUUCGGCCGAACUUGGAGACUUCUCCGACCCAGUGCUGCGGCCUGCAUGCCUCAACCACCAGACGGACGCGUCUCAGGAUGGGCUCCCAUUCAUUCACGAGCGAAAGAAGCAUGUCCGCGGCAACAAAGAGGUCACAUCUUCCAGAACAAUGAGCGAAAGGCCCAAGACAAAAACCGACCGACGCCGCCGCAGGCCGGCACUGGCAUGUGUCAGUUGCAGGCGGUCCAAGAUCCGCUGUGAUCUGAGACAGCCAUGCGGUGCCUGCGUUCGGUCUCGGCAUAAGACCUGCACCUUCGAGUCCCUAGAUCCAUCAGAUCCAUCAGAUCCAUCAGCGGUGCAGAGUUCGGAGAUCGGGUCAGCCCAAGUCGGUCAACCCAAGGCCGCCGGUGCUUCAGCCGGUCCCGACGAGGCCCAGCUUUCGCCCGCGGCCAGCCCCUCGGCGACGCAUCAUGAGGACACAGUCGACGACGAGCCCACCCUCGCUUCACUGGGCGGCACGACCUCGGUCGGUUCGAUUACGACCGUGCCUGAUGUCAACUCACUGUUGCAGCGCAUAUGGGAACUUGAGCGUCGCCUGGAUGAAACCACGGCACACCAGUCGCCUGCGAAGCCAGCCCGGCCGAGCGCCACCAAUCCCUCUGAGCCCAUCUUGAGCUAUCUUGCCCCAGACUUCCACUCCAUGAGCAAGAGUGUCAUGUCCAAGACGAGAUAUUUCGGCCAAAGUCACUGGAUGAACGGUGUCAUGCAUUUCAAGCCGGUCCUGGAGCUGUUCGAGCGGCAAUCCCGAGACACCAAGUCAGAAACCCGGGGGAUUUUAGCUAAAUGCAAGGCCUUGGCCCGCACCGUCAAGGCUCAGCGCGUGCCGGAGCUGAUUUCGAAAGUCGGGACUAACAUGCCUACGCGGGAGGUCGCAGACAAGCUCGUUGAUGGAUACUUACGCACCACGGAGACCGUAUUUCGAAUACUACACGUUCCAGCGUUCAGAAGGGAUUAUGACCUGUUCUGGGCGUCCCCUACGUCCGCCGAUCCUGCCUUCGUCCUCCAGCUCCAACUUGUCAUGGCUAUCGGCAGUACCAUUUACGACGAGCACUUCUCAAUGCGCAAGUCGGCUGUCCAAUGGAUUCAUGAAGCGCAAUAUUGGUUCCUUGGACCCGUUCCCAAGUCGAGGCUCACAAUAGCUGCUUUACAGAUCAUGCUCCUGCUUUGUCUAGCUCGGGAGGCUGCAUCAGUCGGUAGUGACCUUGUCUGGAUCUCCAUCGGGUCAGUCAUGCGGUCGGCCAUCUAUAUGGGGCUCCACAGAGAUCCGAGUAGACUACCAGGAAUGACUCGAACUCACUCCGAGUUGCGCCGCCGGCUGUGGAAUACGAUACUAGAGUUGGAGCUGCAAUCCAGUCUGGACUCGGGUGGUCCGCCGAUGAUUUCCCUUGAGAAUUCGGAUACUAAUGCGCCGGCUAACCUCGACGAUGCCGAUCUGGCAAAUGAUGGUGACGUUCAGGCGAUACUCAAGACGUCCGACAAGUUCACCGAUAUGACCGUCGCAUUGGCCCUGCGCAAGAGCUUCCGCGAAAGGCUAGCGAUAGCACAGCUUCUCAAUGACAUUGUAUCCAAGGGUACAUACGAAGACACCAUUCGGCUGCAUCGCCAACUCAGCACAUCAUACAAGUCACUCGCACAAACCUUCAGGGGCUUUGUGGCCACCGGAAGACAGCCGACAAGUUUCCAAUGCCGAUUCGUCGACUACAUCGUCCGUCGCUAUUUUAUGGCCCUACACAUCCCUUUUUGUAACCCUUCCGUGAGAGAACCGGCGUUUGCUUUCUCUCGCAAAGAAGUGGUUGACUCGGCAGUCAAGCUCUACUGCACCGUGUUCCCCACAGGCGCCCUUGGGUCUGGGCCCUUGACUCCCACUGCGGCGGAAACCGAAGUCAUAUGCACUGAGGGCGACGACCUUGCAAGUUUCGCAGUCUGCGGCUCUGGUUUCUUUCGAUGCAUUCUUACCCAGGCAUCAUUUCUUGUCGCUUUGGAGAUACAGACCCAGCUACAAGAAGACAGCGGCCUUGGACCACCCACCACACGGCCGGAUCUGCUCAACAUCCUGCGGCAUACGGUGUCCUUCAGCCUCGCCAGGAUAAAAGCCGGCGAGACAAACGUCAAGGGAUAUCUGUUCAACGUUGCAAUAGCCACGCAUGUCGAUGCAUUGCUGGAUGGCCGGAAGGGCCAGGCUGUUGUAGAGCCUAUCCUCGCCGCUGCGAUAAAAACACAACGACAAUGCUUCGAGAUACUCGGUGAACAAGCUGGGUUGAACCAGACGGAAGACGUAGAUGGCGGCGGGCAGUUUGAUUGGGACGGCAUGAUGGCGACGGACGAGGCAUGGUCAGACGACAUGUCGAUGACGAACCCGUUCUUCGACUUGACCAGCAUCGAUGCUAUGCUAGGGACAGAUAUAGGAGCCAACUUCAUGACGGCAUCAGACCCAUCUCAUUGGUAA